AUGGAGACAUGCACUUUGAUUCCAGAAAGGUUGCAUACUUCUGAUGCAGCUGAGGCAGCGGCCGAGGCCCACUCCAAAGAGCCAGCACCGCUCACUGAACGACAAAAACAAAGGAGAUUUGGGACAGAAGUUGUGAGCAAGGGCUUCCAAGGCAGUGUGAUCAUCGACUUCGAUGCCGAGGCGGCUGGCACCUACGCAAGCCAUGAAUAUACCGACACCUCGCGGCUGAAGGACGGAGGAGGCACCCGUAUGAUCUUCUGGGCAAAUGUCUGCACACUCGGAGCAGGCCACGAUCGGAUUUCUGGCCUCGGAGUCGUGGGCAGAAGUAAACCAAACCCUAACCGCUGGGUAAGAAGGGCAUAUCAUAUUAUGCGUGAGACGAAUGCUCAGGUGGCAGAGAUCUUGGCUGUGUCUAUGGCGCUUCAGUUCGCUAAGGAUGAGUGCUAUAAGCUGGAAACAACAGAGAGGCCUUCUAUGGUAGUGGUUUAUUCGUGUUCGAAAGAUGCCCUUUUGAGAAUGCGGGAGUCGAGAUUUACUCCGUCGUUGGGAGGCAAAGUGGUCAAGGCAGGUGUAGUGGCAGCGCACUUCUUGAGGGAGCUUGGUAUUGAUGUGCAACUUCGCUGGAUACCAGCUCGUUUUGAGGUCGUAGGAGCUGUUGAGUCACGAAAUGCAGCGAAAGAUGGUGCUAAGUAUAAGCCUCCUCCUCAGAAAGGUCCCGAUGCAUUGAUCAGGGAAGUUCAAGGAAAUUCCAAACACGCCGCGAGAGCGAAGCGCAGGAAACAUGCAAGAGGGGUGUUUUGUCAAGGCACAGGCAAAACUAACACCUUUCAGCCCUUGUCUUGA